AUGAUAGCGCAAACUUUUCUAGUCUGGUUUGUUUUGACAGUAACCAAACCAGUAGAAAUAACAAAUGCAUUACGCUUAGCUAUGUGUACAUAUUAUAUACAAUCCCCAACCCAAUUUUUUAAUUAUAAAUACACAAAUGGUAGUACAUUCCAUAGAAGAAAGCAUGUGGACAGAUUAAGCCUUGUUGACAAAUCAAUUAAAAGUAACGAGCACAUAAUCAAAUUAACAAAUAACGCUCAAAAGAAAAUCAAACAAUUAGCAACAGAAACGGAUGGAGACAGCUUAAUAUUAAAGUUAUCUGUAAAAAAUGGAGGAUGUAAAGGUUUGCAGUACAAAUUAAAUCCUAUCAUGAAGGACGAAAUCGAAGAGGAUGACUAUAUACAGCAAUUCGAAGAAUUGAUGUUCAUUUUAUGCAUAGAUGCAACUAGCGUUAUUUACAUUUACAAUAACAUACUAGAUUAUAGCAACGAUUUAAUUAAUGGUGGAUUCAAGUUUAUAAAUCCAAAUGCCACUAAAAAAUGCGGAUGUGGAAAAUCGUUUAAUGUUUAA